AGCUAUCACAGCCUCCUGUUUCAUUUCUCAUCUACAAACCAGUGUGUUUGCGUCUUUAUAUAUAGACCAACUCAUAUGCCAAUUCCUUCAUCAAAUCCGAAAUUCCUCAAAAACCUCUCAUAUCUAUCACUCAAGAUCAUUACCAAAUUUAAAGAAAGAAGAAGAAAAAAGAUGAGUUCGACAAGUAGAGCUUGGAUUGUAGCAGCAAGCGUUGGGGCUGUAGAGGCACUGAAAGAUCAAGGGUUCUGUAGAUGGAACUACGCCAUGAGAUCCAUACACCACCACGCCAAGAACAAUCUGAGGUCUUACUCUCAAGCCAAGAAACUCUCUCCCUCCUCCUCCGCCGUGGUUUCGAGUAAAAUAAGGGAAGACAAGGCAAAGCAGUCAGAGGAGUCUCUCAGCAAAGUCAUGUACUUGAGCUGUUGGGGUCCCAAUUGAAACCCCCAAAUGAAUUGAUAUAUUUUCUCUGUCUACCUAUUAGAUGUAGUUUUGAGAAUUUUGUUUUUCCGAGAUUCAAUCGUAA